AUGAACUUUCAACACCAACAACAACACAUCUUUCCAUAUUUGUACCAGUUCAACUACCGAAACUACAAUCUAGAUGAUGACCAACAAUUAAUUCAACAAACACAUCAACAACAACGCCGUCAAACACAUCAACAACGACAACAUCAACAAAUACAACAAUAUCAAUUCUCUCAACAACAACUACUACAACAACAUCAACGGCAACCAGACAAAUGCUUAACUAAAAACAAAUUAACGUCAGCUAUGUUGAACAAUUUCGAUUUCAACGCCUAUGCCCCAUCAUCAAACAACAGUGACAUCACUGACAUCACUGACAUCAACAACAACAACAACAACAUGCGCAACAACGAAAGCUAUAAAAUCAGCAGCAACGACAACAACAGUCCAAACAAAUUCAUCAUUCCAGAACUAGCAAACGAAUUGGAAGAAAUCUUUCGCACGCGAUUAUUCUCCUUCCCUCUGGACGACCACGAGUCGGCCCGCGAAGUUUUCCGCCACUUGUUGGACCGCGGUGUGCCGGAAGACGAACUCGCCUACGUCAUUCAGUCCUCUACCAACUCCAUGCUUCUCUGGCUGUGCAAGACAGGAUUGAAGAAAAUCAUUGGUGAGUGGAUUAUCGUCUGGAUGAAUAAAUGUUACGAGCAGUUUUUAGGGAGGGAGCAGAGGAGAACCGGAAGUUGGAGAAGCCAGGAUCGAGAUGGCGGGAAUUUGUUGUUCGAUUAUUGUGCUACAAAGAACAACAUAAACAACGAUCAAAAUUUCGAUGCUGACGAUGAUGAUGGUUUAGUGGAAUCAUCAGUGAAUAAAUACAUGAUAUACAACAUCUAUUCUAGCAACAACCACGACAACAAUGACAACAACAACAUCAACUACAUUGACAAAAACAUCAACAACAAUACAAACAUCAAUAAUGAUAAUAAAAAUAAUGACAACAAUGAUGAUGAGAAACAUGGUCGUAAUGAGUCUAUCAUAAAGGGUAUCAAAAAUAAAAAUAACAAUACCAACAACAAAAACACCACCAACAACAACAUUAACAAUAACACCAACGACAACAAUAAAAACACCGACAUACACUCUUUUGAAAAGAACAAAAUCAACAACAAAUGUUUCACCCUUCGAAACCACAACAAAAACAUCAUCGCUAACAAAAAAAUUGUAAAAGAUAACAUCAAUACAAAUAACAAUAAUGACAUCAGUAGCUCAGAUGACAGCAAUUUUAUCAAAUACAACAACUCAAACAACGAAUCAAACAGGAAGUUGAUGCGAAACCACAUUGCUAAUAUGUUGAAGAAAGGUAUUGACAACAUUUCAGUCAACAAUAAUAAAAAUCGACAAGUGCACUCGCAACAACAACAACAGCAUCAUCAACAACAACAACAACAACAACAACAUCAUAAUUAUCAACAACAGCAACAACAACAACAUCAUAAUCAUCAACAACAGCAACAUCUCCAAUGUUCGGACAGCAUCAACACUUUAAACCUAAAAAAUUUAAGUCUGUAUUGUCAGAACGUUCUCGAAAGUUUCAACAACAAAAACAACAGCGGAAACAACAACUACUACAACAACAACGACGACAGAAUGUCGGAAAAUGAAUUAAAAAUAUCGGGAAUGGAUAUAGUAAAUGCAUUGUUCGCCCGUUUGAACGCCGUUCAAAUCGGGCCUCUAGACAAACAAACAAACAACCACAAAACAACCAUGGAAGGUUCGGAUGCAACAUUGUUGCUAAAAAGUGCAACAAAAAUGGCUAAGGAAACAACAACAUCAACACCAAUAUCACCAACAACGUCAUCCCCAUCAUCGCCAACAACAGCAACAAUAGUAUCGCCAUCAUAUCACAACAACAACAACGACGACGACGACAAUUCGCCAACAAUUUCGGUAAAAAAUUUUGGUAGAAUAUUCAAGAGAUCUUUAAAUAGAUUGCAGACUCUACCGCGCUUAUCCAAGUUCCGCUAA